AUGCCUAAUUCUCUCAAUAGAUACGGUGACAACUGCCAGUUUGCACACAGCACCGAGGAACUUCAAUACGUGACCCGGCACCCGCGCUACAAGACCCAAUUUUGCACUAGCUUUCAGAGCCAGGGCUACUGUAAAUACAAUGACCGGUGCACUUUCAUUCAUCAUCCGGAAGAGGCACGUGUGCCUAUUUCAAGUUUUACUAAGAAG